ACGGAUGGACGGACGGACGGACAGCGAAGUCUCAGUAAUAGGGUCCCGUUUCACCUUUUGGGUACGGAACCCUAAAAACCACUCAAAGCGUAACCGUAUCAUAUGAUAAUAUUAUCCGGUUGGCAAUCCGUCUCUGUUAAUCCCGUGCUGAAAUAAAAGGGCGAAGUAGCCAUCCGUGUUUUUUCGUAUCAAAUUAUACCGAACGGCUACCUAUACAUAAUACAUACAAUAAUCAGUCCGAUUAUCUGAAAUUUGUGGGUUACAUUGUAAACUUAAACUUGAAAUUUACACUUCGCGCCAAUAAACAGGGGGCACCUGUGUUGCCCCUGCCUCCUGUAGUUCAUGCACGUUCCGACGUUCCGUACAUGAGUUCCUGGUUGUUUUGACAAUUUAUACAUUAUUGUGAGAAAUGUGACUGAUUGUGAGUUAACUGACCAUUCCAGCAAGACCUUAUUUCAUUGCUCUAGACUGUCCACGGCCGCAUAGUAACCAUUACAUUACAUUGCUGCAAGACCAAAGAGUUAUGUAUAAAACGGAUAGAUGGCGGCACGCUGCCUGUGUUCUAUUUGAUGUGCAUGUUCAGUUUGUAGUGUUUGUACCUUAUCUGUGGCAACUCAUCUGUCAAAUGAGUUGAUAAGAUUUUAUUGAGAUUCAUAUUAUGUAUUAUGUGAGAUAAAUUAUUACUAAAUUGCUCUCGAUUGAACAUUCAUCUGGCAGUCAAAGCGGGCAAAGCGGCGGCGUCCGGCAAUCGACUCGCUUGUGUGUCGCGUCUCAUCGUUAUCAGUCCAGUGUCCAUAUAAGCCGCGAUAAUGGACCUGUUUCGAUUCAGUGCUGCGAGGCAUCUACAGUUGUUUACAACGACUUACAGAAGUAUGCAUCUUUUAAAAAAGGAAGCUUUUGUGAACGGAGAAUGGCUGCGCGCGGCAAAUAAUGCUGUGUUUCCUGUGACCAAUCCUGCUGAUGACACUGUAAUUGCCGAAGUGCCCGACAUGGGCGAACAGGACGCAAAAUUUGCGGUCGAUGUCGCUUCCAAAGCAUUUAAAACAUGGCGAGACACUACUGCUAGGGAACGCUCGAGUAUACUUCGAAAAUGGAAUGACCUCUGUUUGAAAAAUAUUGAUCACCUUGCAGAGGUAUUGACAGCUGAAUCUGGAAAGCCUUUGGCAGAAGCAAAGGGUGAAGUUAUAUAUGGAACAUCUUUUCUCGAUUAUUUUGCAGAUACGGCGCGCCAUGUAACCGGAGAAAUUAUUCCAAGUCCUUGGCCAAAUAAGCAGAUUCUUGUGACGAGGCAUCCAAUUGGGGUGGUAUCUAUCAUUACACCCUGGAAUUUUCCCUUCGCGAUGAUAACUCGUAAAGUGGGAGCACUCAUGGCUGCUGGCUGCACUUGUGUUAUCAAACCAUCAGAAGAUACCCCUCUGACAGCUCUAGCGGCAGUUGAACUAGCUAUUCAAGCUGGUGUGCCUAAAGGUGUUAUUAAUGUGGUCACAUCUAGCAGAAAUAAUGCUGCUAGUGUAGGCAAAGUUCUGUGCGAGGAUCCUGCUGUAGGUUGCAUUUCCUUUACUGGCUCUACCAAUGUUGGAAGGAUUCUUUAUGGAAUGGCUGCAAAGGGCAUCAAAAGAGUAUCUUUAGAGUUGGGUGGCAAUGCCCCAUUUAUUGUAUUCCCUAGUGCUGACCUGGAGAAUGCUCUCGACCAAGCUAUGUUAGCCAAGUUCAGAAAUAAUGGUCAGGCAUGUGUUGGAGCAAAUAGAUUCCUAAUCCAUGAGAGUGUGUUUGAGAAGUUUGUAGAAGGAUUCAAGAGUCGCAUUGGAAAGAAGUGUAUCCUCGGGCCCGGAACCAAGGCGGGGGUGACAUGUGGACCACUUAUAAACAAAAUGCAAGCCGAUAAGGUGUCUGGCCUUGUUGAUGAUGCAGUAUCAAAAGGAGCAAAGGUUGUCCUUGGUGGAAAAAUCGCCAAAGAACUUGGCAACAAAUUCUAUGAAUCUACUUUGUUAGUUGAUGUGACACCCAGUAUGGCGAUAUACCAUGAGGAGGUGUUUGGGCCUGUGGCUGUUUGUUACAAGUUUAAAGAUGAAGCAGAGGCACUUGAGGUUGCCAACAGCACUAGAAGUGGUUUGGCUAGCUAUGUGUUUACCAAAGACCUCGGCCAAGCAUUCAGAAUGUCUCAAAAACUGGAAUUUGGAAUGGUUGGAAUCAAUGAUGGAAUAUUGUCUGCGGCAGAGCCACCUUUCGGUGGCAUUAAAGAAUCUGGGAUUGGCCGAGAGGGUAGCAAGCAUGGUGUUGAAGAAUACACCGAUAUCAAAUAUACUUUGAUGUCUGCCUUGGAUAAAUAAAUUAUACUUUGUUGAGUUUUUGUGCCAUAUUAUUUUAGGUACUGAAAUUUGUUGCAUUCUUAGUUGAUAUUGUAUAUAAACUCGGUAUAAUGUUGAUAAGAAGAUUGUUUAAAACUUUUCUUUUAUCUAUGUUUAAAAUUAACUUUAUUACCUAUUAGAUACUCGGCUCAGUUUUAUUUUGUGCUGUUUUCACUAGUAUAUAAGAGUUAUCUCUGUGAACCAUUCCAGUCUUCCAGAAUAUGUGAUUUAGAGGUAAAUGGAAAUAUAUGUGGAAUUCGAUAUUUCAUAAGCAUUACAGGCCAGCUUAGUUUGUAAGAUGGUAUGUUUUAGUGUUCCUAUUGGCAGUGUAAUAAAAUCGAAUUUGUGAUCAGUAUAUAGGCAAAAAAAAAAACUAUAAAUAUAACUGCCUAUCUAAGUAAUACUGGAUAAGUUACUCCUGUUAUUUAUUAAUUGUAAAAAUCAUUACCCCAAUGAAAAUUGUAUGCAUUUAAAAAAAAUUAAAUGUGUAAUUAUUUUGUAAUGUAGUUAUAUUCAGAAAAGCUUGCACAUAGUUAUAUACAUUUGGUGCAAUGAUUGGUUCAUGUAUAAUCAAUUAAUCAGCAUCAAAUAGAUUUGUUGCCAUAGAAAUAAGGAUACGUUACGAUAUAUUUAGCCAUUUUGACCGUAACUAUCCAUUUGAUACAGACUGUGCCUAGUGACAUAAGUAUACAGUCGGUGACAUUCAAACCGCAAAUCUGUCUAACUGCUGAACUAACGGUCUUAUUAUUUCCGUGGUAUAUUAGACGUUAAUCAUUGUACACUUAUUUUUUCUUCAAUGCAGUAAAUACUGGUCGCAAAUGUAUAUCGUUGAAAUAUACUCUGAGCGUGUUAUAGGCA